AUGUGGUGGAUUCUGUUAUUGUUUUAUGCAAGAGAAAUCGAGGCUGGUUCAAUUGAGCUUUUCCCUGGACUAUUCUUGGUGUGCGGUGGAAGAACCUGCAGUCAAAAUGAUCCAGCUCUUGCAGGGAUCCCGAAUCUCAAAUACAAUGAGUGGAACAAUCCACUACUGCCGAUUUUGGGUGCUGGAACUCAGCAAAACUUUCCAUACAACAACUAUCAAUCGACAAACAAUAAUGGAUAUUAUUCAAAUACUAUCAAUUAUAACUACAAUAAUCAGCCAGCAACAUCAUUUGAAAGCUCUCCAAGCUACUAUGAAAGGCAGAAUGCUCUCUACAGUCAAAAGAUUCCUCUUCAACCUCAAAAUCUUGAACUUAACAACAAUUUGGCUACAAACUCUAUUCAGUUUGAUAAGCAGUUUCUAAGAAAAACUAGUUUCCGAAGAAAUCUGAAACGAUCGAGAGUUGAAUCGAAAGUAUUGCCAGAUCGAAAACUAUCGAAGAGACCAAAGUUGAAGAUCAAAAGCAGGAAUGGGCGAAUCUUGAGGACAAAAACUUUCAAAAACUACUCAAUCAAC